UAAGCAUACCUCAGUUGACAAUUAGGAUAAUCGUUGGUAGAGCAUUUUGCCACCUGACCUAUUAGCACGCGUUGAACGGGUGGAGCAUCAGUUGUCGUCUGGGGCUGACGGUGACCGCUUGCCUGACAACAUGGAUGCCAAGGGCAAGGAGAAGGGUAUUCUUAAAUUGGACCCUCGUCCACGAGUGUUGGUGGAAUCGAAGUCGGAACUAACGCCUCAGGGUUCAUGUGAUCGUCCACCGUCGUCACCGCAGCCUUCAGUAGACCGUCUCUCGGUGACCUGGGCCGACCCUGGCAGCAUGACUUCUUCUGGAGUCAAUUUAUUCCAUCUACCAUCGGAGACACCGAUUAGCAAUGAAGUCAAAUUCUCACCAACAGCUGGAGAGGUAUCAGAAGAUGAAGAUUACUCCGCAAGCUUGAGCGCAGUGUUGCGUCAGCGACGUGCGAGCGUGCGACGGUCCCGGAAAGGCCGUAGCAGGAGACCAUCAUCUCCCUUCUUACCUGAUGAAACUCGAUCUAGGAGGCGUUCUUCGAUUUUUACCACCAGUUCCGGCGAUACAGCGAUUUCUAUUGACGAAGUACCACUGGUGACACAAGAGCAGAUUUUCGAGAACAUUCAUCUUCACAAAGAAGUGCUUGGCUCCGUGAAGCAGCAACCUUUAGGCAUGCGACGCAAGUUAAAGAUUGUCCAUCAGGCUAAAGGUUAUAUAAAACGGCAUGAGGGCCAAUUACAGGAGAGACUUGCACAAUCAAAAAGCACGCGUGAUAUCUACGCUCGUUUCAAUAUACUGAUAGCUACGAAAUGGCAGCAGCUAAAACGGGAAGCGGCCAAUACGUCCAACUUGCUUAUACCUUGGGAACUACGCAUCAAGGAAAUCGAAUCUCAUUUCGGAUCGGUUGUAGCGUCCUAUUUCACUUUCUUAAGAUGGCUCUUUUGGGUAAACCUCGUCAUCGGCUUCAUUUUACUUGUAUUUGUCAUCACACCAGAGUAUUUAACGGCAAAUCCUUCGCAAGAUGGCGAGAGGAAAAUCAUUAUGGAAGAAGAACGUCGCAACUCAACUAAUCUACUUACUAUGUGGGAGUUUGAUGGGGUCCUGAAAUAUUCCCCAAUUUUCUACGGAUAUUAUAGCAAUGUAGAAAGGCCAGAAUAUCGGAUGCCACUCGCCUAUUUCCUUACUGGUUUAGUUGUAUACAUUUAUAGCUUCGUCGCUAUAUUGAGGAAAAUGGCUGAAAACUCAAGAAUGUCCAAACUAUCAGAGAAAGAAGAUGAAUGCAUAUUCUCUUGGAAACUUUUCACCGGAUGGGACUUUAUGAUAGGUAACGCGGAAACAGCUCAUAAUAGAAUUGCAUCUGUUAUUCUUGGUUUUAAAGAGGCAUUGUUAGAGGAAGCUGAGAAAAAGAAAGACCCUAGAAAUUGGCGUAUUAUUUCGCUACGGGCGCUCGUUAUUAUUUGCGUUAUCAUUCUUCUUGGCCUCUCGGCAUACGUUGUUGUAACAGUCGUAACUAGAUCUGAUGAUAAUUCGAAGUCUCGAAAUUGGUUAAGAGAGAAUGAGACAACUCUUGUAGUGACUGCAAUCUCACUAACCUUUCCAGUGUUCUUUGAUUUAUUGGGAUUAUUAGAACACAAUCAUCCUCGAAAACAAUUAAGAUUACAAUUGGCAAGAAUCAUGUUGUUAAAUUUACUGAACCUUUAUUCUCUAAUUUUUGCUCUGUUUAGUAAAAUUCAAGGCAUGAGCGCUGAAUUAGAUUCGUUACAACCAAGUUUUAAUAUGAAUGCGUCAUUUAUGGCGGAUAACGCUAUAGAUUUAGGUAGAUCAUCAAUAAAUAGCGUCUCAAGUACGUGUCAUGAAAUUAUUAUACCAUGUUUGCCAUGUCAUUUACUAUCGUCAUCAGAUAAAGUUCCAACAGAAAGUACUAUGGUUGACUUUACUUCAACUGUAAUAUCACAACCAACAACAAAGAUUAAAAGCUUAGCAACCCAAAAGUUCUUGAAAGAAACAAAAUCAAUUGAACCGGAAAAUUUAAAAAUAUAUGAGGAAGAUGAAAAUAAAAUUAUGAAUGACAAAGGAACUAUAGAUAACAGUAUUUUACUGCUCAUGGAAGAACUUGAUAGAUUAAGAAACAUAAGUACGUUGACGAACGAUUCUGUACUGUUCUAUGAAAGUACAACUGAAGAUUUUGAAAAUAAUGAAACGACAUAUUUUGAUACAAGUACGGAUUCUAGUUCGUUAUCAAGUAGUGAUCGAUUAACUACAAACGAAUACAAAGACAUUUACUCGGAUGCAAACUCAACUAAUGAUUUCGUUUCAACAACUGCUGAGUAUGUUGACAAAGAAGAGACAACGACACUAACUGAUUCAAAUGUUAUUAAUGAAAUAACAGAGAAUACUUAUUUUAAUUGGAAUACAGCGCCAGCAUCUCUAAGUAGUUUACAAAGUGAAACAAAACUAACAACAGAAGAUUCAGUAGAAAGGUCUGAAAGCAUUAAUUUACCUUCAGUAACGACUUAUGUCACAACUGUAGUAUACAAUGAUAUAAAUUUAAGUUCUACCAAAGAAACAAAAAUUACCGAAAAAACAAAUUAUCCGAAUUAUGAACGUUCAGAUAUGUACACAAAUAACAUUUUUAACAAUACUACUAUUAUCGACAAAAGCAAAUGGGAAGAAGAUCAAAAUGAGACGAUAAUUCCAUCUUUUUCAACAACAACUAUGAUAAGUUAUUUAAACAACUGUAGAAACCUCUCAUUUAAUUGUUCGUUUAAUUGUAAUGGCAAAAAUAUAACGAAAGUGUUUUUUAUGUCCAAUUGUACCAUAUCUGAUAUUAAAUGUUAUGUCAAUCAGUGCGAGUAUAGACAAACUCAAAAACAUGUAACAACAAACCAAUUUAACUUCACUGCUAUUGAUAAAGUAUACUACGAAAAUAAUAGAAAAAUGUAUAACUUAACAAAAGAAACCAAAAAGAAAUUACUAAAACUGUGCUGGGAAACAAUGUUUGGACAGGAGUUGGUAAAACUAACCGUUAUGGAUUUGGUGGUCGGGUUACUUGGAACGUUAUUUUUAGAUUUCUUCCGAGCUUUAUUUGUCCGAUACAUGAACCAAUGUUGGUGCUGGGAUUUAGAAAAGAAAUUUCCAGAAUAUGGUGAUUUUAAAAUUGCCGAAAACAUAUUGCAUUUAAUAAACAACCAGGGAAUGGUAUGGAUGGGAAUGUUUUUUUCACCUGGUCUUGUUAUUUUAAAUGUUUUUAAAUUAAUGACUUUAAUGUAUUUAAGAUCGUGGACUGUUAUGACUUGUAACGUUCCACACGCUGUUGUCUUCAGGGUAUCUAAAAGUAAUAAUUUUUAUUUGGCGUUAUUAUUAACAAUGCUAUUUCUCUGUGUUUUACCUGUUGGAUACACGAUCGUGUGGGUAAAGCCUUCUUGGCACUGUGGCCCAUUCUCGGAAUAUGAAAAAAUUUAUCACAUUUUAACAAACAAUAUUUACAAAUUACUCCCAAAAAGCUUAAAUUUUGCUCUUGAAUACAUUGCUUCGCCCGCAAUAGUCAUUCCAUUACUUGUUCUUCUAAUACUAAUUAUAUAUUAUCUUACGUCACUUACUAACUCGUUACGAGAGGCUAAUAAUGAUUUAAAGAUUCAAUUGCGACGUGAAAGAACAGAAGAAAGAAGAAAAAUGUUUCAAUUAGCGGACACAAGAAGACGUACAGGAUCAUCUAAUGUUGAAAACACUCCUUUUUCACGUUGGAAGAAAGCUUUGCCAGCUCUCCCAGUUUCUAAAUCUUUUGACUCGGAUGAUAGAAAGGCGGCUGAAGAAAAUAAAGAACAUUCGAAGAAUUUAAAACGUAAAGGUGGUAUAUUCGCUAAAAUUGUUGGGCUUGCACUAGAUAAAAAGCCUGAAGUGGAAAUCACUUUGCCAUCUUCAUAUAACAUCGAUGGUGAUACCGACACUGACUUCUAUGAAAUCUUACCCAAAGAAACAUUAAAAACGAAAGAUACGACAGUUCCAAAAAUAUCUGACCACAAGAAGAAGUCUAACGUCGAAUUCAAGUCUAAUGAUAACGAUAUUAUGAAAUACAAAAGUGAACAAGGUUGUCUUAAAGUUAAAAUUGAAAAGCUAUGUGAACGUACUGAAAAGAAAGCUGUUAUGGAAAAAUUGAAAGAGGACAAAAUCAUUGAGGAGGAGUUUACAUCAAUUCCAUCUAAAACUAUAAUUAAAAAAUCGAACAGUAACAAUGACGGUAGAAAAAAAUGUUUUAAUAGAAAACAAACGUCAGAGUCAAGCACACACUCAAGACAAUCAGAUUCUAUAAGUUCUGUUAUACCAGUAAUAACUAUAAGUACAACAGAAAGUGACGACGAACAGUUACAAUAUCCUAAAGUUGUAGGUGAGCAGAAAAAGAACAGAAGCGAUAUAAAUUCAAGUCCAAAGGAAGAGUUAUCUAAGACAAAUAGAAGUAGUACAGACUUAAAAUCACUCCGAAGACAAAGCAGUGUUGACAGUAUAAAUGAUAAUAAAACGCCAAAGGAAAAGAAAACUGAAGAUGGAUACAAAUAUCAAUAUUCAAUAUAAUUAUGAAAUAUAUUGUACUACGUAUUGCUUUGCCCGCUGAGUGUAGAUUUCAGCUUCUUAAGACUUUCUUCACAUCAAUGUCUAUGGACAAUUCCUUAAAUUUCUCUAUUGACCUUGUUUUAACUAUUUGAAUAUUAUGUGCCUAGUUAAACACAAAAAUUUAAAUCAAGAGUUUUUAAUCUUUUCACACCACUAGGUUUAAAAAAAAUUGUGUAAUUCACGCA